AUGCCAUGCACCUCGCCAUCCCCUAGCAGCACUCCUUUCUGUUGGGACCAGCACAGCAAGCUACUGCCCACUGUGGCUGGCAUCACUUCAAGCAAAGUGGCUUCGUGGACAGUGGAGGAGGUAAUGGAUGAUUUACAUUGUCAUUACAAUGUUGCUUGCUGUGCAGUGACUGUGCUGUUCAUUUGAAUAACUGUACUAACCAUGAUGUCCAAUGUGUUACAGGUGAUUGAGUUCAUCCAAGGUCUUCCAGGCUGUAAGGAACACGUGCACACAUUCAGAGAUGAGGUACAGUUUCAAUACAGUACAUGCAGCUAACCACUGAUACAUACACACACACACGCACACAUACAGACACACAUGCCAGUAGUGGUCGGUGCUGUUUAAGAUGAGUGGAGACUAUUUUCUUUUAAAUAAUCAUGGCAUAAUCUCUAUUACAGCAUAUUGAAUGACUCUCAUUCAUAUUCCAUUCACCCAGGUCAAUGUAACAUCGAUAGGUUUAGGCCACUACAUGAUAUUUGAAUUUUCCCUAUACCCAUCAUGAGGUUGCUACAACCUAGCCUAUGAAUGAAAGUUUACAUCGUAAGUGCACUAUCCCGUGCAAAUCGUCAUCCCUGUGUUUUGAGGGAUAUUACCUGCACCCAGUUUGGGGAAGAACAUGGGAACAAGUUGAUGCUUAAAUCAAAGUGCUAUGCACGUAGCCUACAGAUUAUCUGUUUUGUCAUAUAUCACAUUUCCUAGUGCCCUACUUCUCUUUUAAAUGAUGAAGUGGAUGAUAUUGUGCCAAUGAAUUUAUAAUUUGCCAAAUACACUAUAAAUACAAAAGUAUGUGAACACCCCUUCAAAUUAGUGGAAUCAGCUAUUUCAGUCACACCCGUUGCUGACAGUUGUAUAAAGCACACAGCCAUGCAAUCUCCAUAGACAAACAUUGGCAGUAGAAUGGCCUUACUGAAGAGAUCGGUGAGUUUCAACGUGGUACCGUCAUAGAAUGCCACCUUUCCAACAAGUCAGUCCGUCAAAUUUCUGCCCUGCUAGAGCUUCCCCGGUCAACUGUUAUUGCUGUUAUUGUGAAGUGGAAACGUCUAGGAGCAACAACGGCUCAGCCGCAAAGUGGUAGGCCACACAAGCUCGCAGAACGGGACCGCCGAGUGCUGAAGCACGCAGCAUGUAAAAAUAAUCUGUUCUCGGUUGCAACACUCACUACCGAGUUCCAAACAGUCUCUGGAAGCAACGUAAGCACAAGAACUGUUCGUCGGGAGUUUCAUGAAAUGGGUUUCCAUGGCUGAGCAGCCGCACUCAAGACUAAGAUCACCAUGCGCAAUGCCAAGAGUCGGCUGGAGUGCUGUAAAGCUCGUUGCCAUUGGACUCUGGAGCAGUGGAUAUGCAUUCUCUGGAGUGAUGAAUCACGCUUCGCCAUCUGGCAGUCCAACGGACGAAUCUGGGUUUGCCAGAUGCCAGGAGAACGCUACCUGCCCGAAUGCAUAUUGCCAACUGUAACGUUAAGUGGAGGAGUAAUAAUGGUCUGGGACUGUUUUUCAUGGUUUGGGCUAGGCCCCUUAGUUCCAGUGAAGGGAAAUCUUAACGCUACAGCAUACAAUUACAUUCUAGACGAUUCUGUGCUCCCAACUUUGUUUGGGGAAGGCCCUUUCCUGUUUCAGUAUGACAAUGCCCCCAUGACAACGCAAGGUCCAUACAGAAAUGGUUUGUCGAGAUCAGUUUGGAAGAACUUCACUGGCCUGCACAGAGCCCUGACCUCAACCCCAUCGAGCACCUUUGGGAUGAAUUGGAACGCUGACUGCGAGCCAGGCCUAAUCGCCCAACAUCAGUGCCCGACCUCACUAAUGCUCUUGUGGCUGAAUGGAAGCAAGUACCCGCAGCAAUGUUCCAACAUGUAGUGGAAAGCUUUCCAAGAAGUGUGGAGGCUGUUAUAGCAGCAGAGGGGGCACCAACUCCAUAUAAAUGCCCAUGAUUUUGGAAUGAGAUGUUUGACGAGCAGGUGUCCACAUAUUUUUGGUUGUGUAGUGUACGUCAUGUAAUUAAAUGUCUGCAUAGGUUACAGUUCAUGGUUCUUAUUGAUACGCAUGAUUAUUUUGACUUUCUCCGAACUGAAGGCCAUUAGCCCAAUAUUAGGCUAUCCCUAGACAUUUGAAAUAUCGUCACGCUUAGAAGAGCCUCCAGGCUUCCGUCAUAAUGGUAAAUUGUGAAUGAGGAAAAAAAAGAAUUACAGGGGCAGUUUGGUAAAACUAAUCUCUUCCGAAUCGACCACUGUAAAAACGGACAUGCUGGUGUAAUAAUUACUUAACUGACGUCCUAUAGUAUUACUAGUCCCGUGCGAAUAGGGCUUAUGGAAGGGGGUGAGAACCACGAGCCUCCUAGGUUUUGUAUUGAAGUCAAUGUACCCAGAGGAGGACGGAAACUAGCUGUCCUCCGGCUACACCAUGUUGCUACCCUACAGAGUGCUGUUGAGGCUACUGUAAACCUUCAUUGAAAAACAGUUCGUUUUAAUCAAUUAUUUGGUGACGUAAAUAUAUUUAGUAUAGUUUUAUCUAAAAAGGAUAACGUUUUUAAUAUUUCACUAUUUUAUUUUUCUGAAAUUCACUGAGGAGGAUGGUCCUUACCUUCCUCCUCUAAGGAGCCUCCACUGACACACACACACACACAGAUCCCAUUUUGUUGUCAUCGGAUGCAUUACCUUCACAUUAUCCUUCAUAAUGGUGUGAUCUCCUUAUCUGUGUCUGCCUCAGAGUUUAAGUGCCUCUGCAAAACGCACCAAUGGAUGUUAUGUAACUUUUAAAUGACAACUUUUAUUCAUGCAGUGUAAUAGAGGUGUAAGGGUUGUAGGAGUUCAGUAGUUCAACUAACAGUCCUUAGAGAUACAUGUCGGCAUAUUGAUAAUUGCUGUGUCCAUGAACCUCUCUACUUGAGGCAGUGGGUCAAUGGGGAAAAUAAUGAAUAUGCUGGCAGGUUGAUUGACAUCCAUGAAUGGAGUCACUUUAUAGAACUGUUAACGACUAAAGGAUUACCCAGCUGUUCCAAUGGCUAAUAAAGGCAACUCAAGACAAAUAUUUCUCUGGAGCUAAAUUGAGUGGUGGAAGUGGUUAUGAAUAAGACAUGCAGUACUAGUCCCUGACUGACUGACUGAUUGAUUGACUGAGGACUGCAAACAGAGCAGCUGUCACUAGAAACAGCUGUCACACAGUCUGCUGGUGGACACCUGAUUCACUCUCAUAUGUCCCCCAUCAUUUCAUCCUCUCCCAUCAAACCAGAGUAUUUUCAGCUCCAGAAACAAAGACUUGGAUUGAGGAUAGGUAGUCUUUGGUAAUCUUUUCUAUAAAUUGGUGUAUUGUGUUAAUCUUCAGAUAAUAUCUUUAAAAUAUUAUUGAUUGUAUUGCCUUUGUGACGCAAUAAAAAUAAUUGUUGACAACAAAAACAUUUAAUAACUUAAUUGUCCCAGAGGCCUGUGGUUUAAGGCAAAAAAGUGUACUUUGAUUCGCACACUCAAAUAGGCCUAUCUCUACAGAUUAUCCAAGUCAUUAAACACAGGAAAUUCUUCUCAUGGUUCUCAUGAAAUUAUGUUCAUGUUGUGCCUUUCUGUCAGCGGUAAUAGCGGUUGAUGUUACGACAGGUUGUUAAAGGUAGAAUAUGACUCAACCUCUGAAUAUCACCCCCUCUAAUGAGGCAUGAACAUUUGCAUCACCCUCAUGGUGGAGAAUCCUUAAAAACCCUUGCUUUGAAGUGAAUUCUAAGCUGCCUGCUAUGUGAAUGUGGAAACAUAUUCCUUAGGCAAAAAUGGUCAUUAGGAAAGCGCUUUGAUGGUGUCCAUUUUAAAAUGUGAGACUUCUCUAACUCUUCCCUCCCAUGUUUUUGUCCAGCAAAUAGAUGGUGAAGCCUUCCUGCUGUUGACCCAGGUUGACUUGGUGAAGAUCAUGAGCAUCAAGCUGGGUCCAGCCAUUAAGAUCUACAACUCCAUCUUAAUGUUCAAGACGGCGGAGGAAUCUGCAUGUAAUGAACUCUAA